AUGGAUGCCGAUUUCGAUGCGAUCGACAGUGAUAAUAACGAUGAUGACGACGAUGCUGGUAUAUUCAGCAUCGCCAAUGACUGCCACAGUGAGUACAAUGACGCCCUCAAUCGUGAAGACAACGUUCUUCGAUCAGUGCACACGAAGCGCACUGCUGUUGACAAGGAUGAAUCAGCAGAGGAAUUACUGCUGACUCGCGAAGCGGUCGUCCGCUUCGUAUAA